UGACGCUUGUUGGAAAUCGUUUGGGAUACGGGGUAGUUGUCUGCUACCCACACGCUUUUCCAAGUUUGUGAGAAAGAGCAUAAUAUUCAAAUUCAACAGUCAGUAUGGCAGAUGAAGCCUUCUAUCAUGCCCAAUGUCAGUACUACUGCCGGGAGCGGUUCUACCGCGCCAUGCAGCAGACGGCAUCCGAGGCGAUGAAGAAGUUCGGCCAGGGGCCGGCGUUCCGCUUCUGGUUCAGCCUGUCGCUGGCCAUGGAGGGUAGUCUGCAGGAGGCCAUACGCGAGUUCGAGAACACGCUGAACGACUCAGACCUGCAGCUGGCCACCGUGCUGGCCAUGAUGUACUGUCACCAGCUGUGCCAGACCAUCGACCGCGACGCCGUCCAGGCGCUCGACAACAAGCGGCGCGAUAUGCGCAAGAAGGCCGGCGACCGGGCGCUGUACUACGCCGGCCUGUUCCUGGUGCUCACCGGCCAUCCAGAGAAGGCGCGCGAGUACCUGGACCGCAUGCUCAAGAUGAACGCCGAAUCGGUGGACGGCUGGGUGAUGCGUGGCUGGGUGGAGAUGUACGCCGGCGAGAACCCCACCAAGGCCAUCGACUACCUGGACCAGGCGGCCAAACGGGACUCGCGCGACAUUUCGCUGCUGUUCUGCCGGGCGCGUUACUACGAGCUGCACAACGACUUCACCAACGCUCAAGCGGAGCUUAACCAGGUGGUGGCCAUGCGGCCGGGCUUCGUGCCCCCGCUGGUAGAGAAGAUGAAGGUCAGCAUGGCCAUGCUCGACUGGGACCAGAGCGUCGAGAUGAUCGGCAGGAUCCUGGCCAUCGCUCCACACUCGAUCGAAGCGCUGCGUUUCCGCCUGAUCGGCCUGCUCACGCGCGACGGCGACUACACCGAGGCGGCCAAGCGGCUCGAGGAGUUCAUGCGCAACGUAGACCGUCACGAGCCGCACAAUCCGCCCUUCCUGAUCGAGUGCGCCCGGCUGUUUUCGCGCACGUGCGGUCGUAACCCGGGCGUGCUCGACUUCACACUCUCGAUGGCCGAGAAGGCCGCCCAGCUGGACACGACGCGCGCCGAGUUCCUGGUGGAGGUGGCCUACCAGCACCUGCUCAAGGACAAGACGCGUGAGGCCCUGAAGUUCUACAAGGCGGCCACCAAGGCGGACGAGUCCUCCAUGGAGGCCCUGGGCGGUAUCAUCACGUGCCAGCUGAUCGACGGCGACCACACGGUGGCGGCGCAGAGUCUCGAGUUCCUCAAGGAGACGCAGAAGACGCUGGGCUACUCGGCCGACAUCCUCUACCUGUCGGCGCUGCUGGCGCGCAAGCAGAACCACAGCCCGGAAGAGGUGCUGGGCCUGCUGAACGACGCCAUCGAGACGCAUUUCCGGAGCUUUCGCACGCUUUCGCUGAGUGUGCCGUACCUGAUCGCGCUGAACCCCGACUUCCUGGUGCUGGUGGUCAAGGACUGUCUGCACUACGCGCCGACCCAGCCGGUGGCGCUGGGCUCGGCCGUGCCGCCGGCGCUGAAGCGGGCCAUGACGGUGCUGGAGCCGGUGACUAAGGCCUGCCCAGGCCUGCUGGAGGCCCUCUAUCUGAUGGCCAAGGCCAAGUACCUGAGCGGCGAUGUCAAGUCUGCUGCCAGCACACUCAAACACUGCAUCGACGAUGUCGACCAAUCGUACGCCGACGCCCACCUGCUGAACGCCCAGAUCCAGCUGCACCAGGGCUUCUACAAGCAGGCCUCGCAGUCACUGGAGCUGGGGCUCAGCUACAAUUUCGAGAUCAAGGAUCAUCCGCUGUUCCACCUGAUCAAGGCGCGGAUCCAGAAGCGGGAGAACCAGGUGCAGGAGGCCAUCCAGACGCUGCACACGGCCGUCCAGCUGGCCGGCCUCACCUCCAAACUGGUCAAAGGCACCACCCCCAAGAGCAAGAUCGAGGUGAACGCCAACGACCAGGUGUCCAUCUACCUGGAGCUGGCCGACGCGUACAGGAUGGCCCAGCAGGACGCCGAUGCCAAACAAGUGAUGGAGGAGGCGACGCUCAUGUUCAAGGGCACGGGCGAGGAGGUGCGCAUCCUGGUGGCCAACGCCGACCUGCUGCUGGCGCGGAACGAGGUGAGCGGCGCGCUGGGCAGUCUGCGCGACAUCACGCCCGACCAGCCCUACUACCUGCAGUCGCGUCAGAAGAUGGCCGAAAUCUACUUCGAUUACCUGAAGGACCGGCGUAUGUACGCCGCCAUGUUCAAGGAGAUUGUGGACCAGAUACCGACGCCGGCCUCUUACCUGAUGCUGGGCGACGCCUACAUGACCAUCCUUGAGCCGGACAAGGCCAUCGAGGUGUACGAGUCGGCGCUGAAGCGGAACCCCCGUGACCACGACCUGGCGCUCAAGAUGGGACGCGCCCUCGUCAAGACGCACCACUACGGCAAGGCCAUCAACUACUACAAGGAGGCCAUCAAAGUCGGAGAGGAUGACAAUCUGAGGUUUGACAUGGCGGAGCUGCAGAUGAGGAUGCGCCAGUAUGACAAGGCCGAGAAGACGGUGCAGCAGGCUCUGGAGAAGAUCAAGGGCGAGGACGGCAGCAGCCUGGCUAGCAUGAUCAUGCAGGCGCAGCUGCUCAAACUGCUGGCCAAGAUCCACGACAGUGUGGGCGACAUCGACAAGUCCAUCGCGACGCUGCAGGCGGCCAACGAGCUGCAGGUGCGCGUGCUGAAGCGCGUCCAGAUGGAGCAGCCAGACUCCGUGGCCGAACACCGGGCCAGAGCCACCGAGAUCUGCUGCACCAUGUCGGAACGGUACCAGAGCCAGCGCAACUACGAGCAGGCCAUCAAGUACUACCGGGAGGCGCUGCAGCACCAGCCCGACGACGCCGGCGCGCUACUGGCGCUGGCCCGGCUCUACAUGCAGACUGGCGACCUGGACCAGUGCCAGUACACGUGCAUGACGCUGCUGCGCCAGGACAAGGAGAACGAUCUGGCCACCGUCAUGAUGGCCGACCUCAGCUUCCGCCGCAACGACUACGAGACGGCCAUGUUCCACUUCCAGGAGCUGCUCACGCGCCGGCCGGACUACUUUGCGGCGCUGGCGCGUCUGAUCGAGGUAAUGCGCCGCACCGGCCACCUGGAGAAGGUGCCCGACUACCUGGAGAAGGCCGAGAAGGCCAGCCAGCGCGGACCCAACGAGGCCGGCCUGGCAUUCUGCAAGGCGCUCUACGAGUGGUACUCGAGCAACCCGAACGGCGCUCUGAAGCACUUCAACCAGGCGCGGCGCGACACCGAGUGGGGACAGCGCGCCGUUUACCACAUGAUCAACAUCUGCCUGAACCCGGACAACAUGACAAUCGGCGGCGAGACGUUCGAGGCCAUGGAGGACCUGGCCGACUCGGACGUCAAGAGCUCCCAGGAGAUGGCGCUGCGCACGGCCGAGAAACUUCUGCAGGAGCUGAAGCCCAAGCCCGGCGACCAGACCAUCUCCCAUCAGCUGCUCACCAACUUCCUGCUGAUGGCUUCCAAGAACAAGGGCAACAUCGAACGGGCGCUGCAAGAGUUCACCAACAUCGCCAGCUCCGAAAUGUACAAGGACCACGUGGGCGCCAUCUGCGGCAUGGCCACCGCCUACAUGCUCCUAAAACAGACGCCGCGGGCCCGUAACCAGCUGAAGCGGGUGGCCAAAAACCCGUGGAACUUUGAGGACGCCGAGUACCUGGAGCGCUGCUGGCUGCUGCUCGCUGACAUCUACAUCCAGUCGGGCAAAUACGAUCUGGCCCAGGACGUGAUCCAGAUCGCCGGCGGCAGCCGCUCCGGCUCGGACGCGCAGUCGCACCUAUACCGCAAACCCGAUCACGCUCUGGGCACCCUCUGGUGGUGGCGUCACGGCCGGUCCACAGUCCGAGUCAUGACUCCUGGUUAG